AUGGCAACCACUUUCAUAGCCAUGUCAUCAGUUGGCUCAUUCGUUGCACCUAAUGGUCUGGUCAUGGAUAAGAAGCUUUCAUCUUCUUCCUACAGAUUGUCAUCUUUAGCAUCCAUUUCUUCAUCUUCAUUUCUUAGUAGACGAAAUGUUGUUCUUAGAAGAUCUCGUCUGCCCAAGAUUUCUGCAGCAAAAGAGCUACAUUUCAAUAAUGAUGGGUCAGCCAUAAAGAAAUUACAAACUGGUGUGAACAAGCUUGCUGAUUUGGUUGGAGUCACUCUUGGACCAAAAGGCAGGAAUGUCGUUCUAGAGAGCAAAUAUUGCUCUCCCAAAAUCGUUAAUGAUGGUGUGACAGUGGCUAAGGAGGUUGAGUUGGAGGACCCAGUUGAGAACAUUGGGGCUAAGUUAGUAAGACAGGCAGCUGCUAAAACUAAUGGCUUGGCUGGUGAUGGAGCAACAACUUCUGUUGUUCUUGCGCAAGGUUUGAUUGCUGAAGGUGUCAAGAGCUAUUGUAAUCUAGUUACUUGGUUUACAUUUGUUCAUGAAUAUACGAAUGCAAAAAAAGGAAGCUUUGCCAAUCCAAAAGGGAAGUCCCAUCCUAUUCUUCAGCUCUUUGAUCCUUCUCCUCAUCUUCCCUCUGUUUCCACUUGCUGCAGGUGCAUAGAUGUUGGAUACUACAAGAUCCUGCCUAGCCUAUGGCUACUUGUUUUGGGACUGCUAGUUGAUAAAAAAAUUACUAAUGCAAGAGAUCUUAUCAACAUCCUGGAAGAUGCCAUUAGGAGCGGAUACCCAAUUUUGAUAAUUGCGGAAGACAUUGAACAGGAAGCUUUAGAAACUCUGGUUGUGAACAAACUUAGAGUGCCAGGUACCCCAGUUACACUGCCAGGUGCUGCUGGUGAUUUUGCAGUUGGACUAGAACAACUUGCUUCGAUGACCCGGGAUCAUAAAUUAUCAGCUCUUCAACAAUAUGGUGGGGUUAAGGGGUUGUCUGAUCUGUUGAAAACAAAUUUAGAGACGGGAAUUUACGGGGAUGAGGUUGAUUUGUUAAACCGCAAGACUGCAUUUGGAUCAAAUACAUAUCCACGGAAAAAGGGACGGAGUUUCUGGAGGUUUCUUUGGGAGGCAUGGCAAGAUUUAACCCUUAUCAUAUUGGUUGUAGCUGCUUCUGUGUCUUUGGGGUUGGGAAUAAAGACAGAGAGCAUGGAGAAGGUCUUCAAGUUCUCCACUAUGAAGUUGGACAGAAAUAUGAACCACAUUUUGAUUACUUCGUUGAUGAGUACAAUACUAGACAUGGAGGCCAGCGUAUGGCUACUAUGCUCAUGUAUUUACGUUGAAGAGGGGGGGAGACAAUAUUUCCAAAUGCCAAGGGCAAUAUUAGCGCUGUUCCAUGGUGGGAUGAAUUGUCCGAAUGUGGCAAAGGUGGUCUUGCUGUGAAGCCUAAGGUGGGUGAUGCAUUGCUGUUCUGGAGCAUGAAACCGAAUGCCACAGUAGAUCCUUCAAUUUUGCAUGGUGGUCAGAUGUUGCUUGGAGCAUGCAGCAUCAGUGGCCAAGACAUUCUUGAUGUCUGAUUGUGUGGUUGUGGAAAUAAAGGAACCCGAGCCCCUACCUGCUGGGAACCCCAUGGAUAAUUCAG